CGGGGAAUCGCCAUUAGGUUGAAGUUCACGAUUCGAGGAACCCUAUCGAUUGUAAUACUCACAUCCACGGGAAAAAAAACUGUGAGCUAUAAUGUAAAACGGAAUACAAGAGAAGUGUUAGACAACUGAUAGAAGUUUCAUGAUGUUUACAGCGGUUAAUUACCAUGCCAUAGACUAUCUUCACCAGAUUUUGACCAAACGGAAGCUGACAGUAAAUUGGUUGCUACUUCCAGCACCUCAUAAUACAGAUCUUUCCGACAAGUACUACUACCAAGAUAGACUCAGCAAUGAUAUUUACAGGAGGCCAUGGAUUCGAGGGAAAAUAUUUUCUACAUGCAAGCUGACGAGUUGUAACUUUGUACUUACUGAAUGGAGAAAACCUAUCAGCUUGGAAAAUUUUCUUGAGAGAGUAUAUAUUUAUUCCAUGUCACCUGAAAUUGGAACUGAUAGUUUGGAGAUUGUGCCAAGUUCAAAUCCAAGUUCUCAGAUUAUAGAAGAUGUUAGCUCAUUUUUAAGGAGAGAUGUUCCGCACCCUGCCAAAGAUAAGCAGGAGAAAUUUCAGGUUAUUGAUCUUGAACAUGUAAAUUCACAAAUUGCAACAGAUUUUUUUCUGCAUGAUGAAAUGCUGUUUACAGAUUACCUCUCAGAGUUUUGUAAGCAGCUGCCAAAAUUGCAUAAUCUUAGUUGCAGAUUGAAAGUAAUUACCAUGAAAGACACCUUUGUAAAUUCCAAAGGAGAACCUUUGACCGAAGCAAUGUUUUUCAGCUCCUGCAUGGCCUAUCCCUCAAAGAAGAAUGUUACUGCGAAAGCAGUUGAAGAACCUUUGAUUAAGGAAGAUUAUAAACCAUUUUCACACCUGGACGAUGAGUCUCUGAUGUUACCUGUUGAACUGACUAUCAACAGUAUAGUGGAUUUGAGCUGGACUAAAGGCUUCUCGCCACUUUUAGAAAUUAAAUCACUUUUACCGUUGACAAUAGAAGACACAAUGGAUGUUGAUCUUGUCACUGUUACAAACAAUGAUUUUAAAGGUAAAUAUAUGCUAAAAUUAGAAACAUUUGAACACUGUGAAAAUAUGAGCUAUUCAUUGAAUGAAAACAAGAUCGAUGCCAAUGAAUUCACUACAGAAGUUAACAAUCCAGUUUGCUGCGACAUUUAUAGAAGUGUGGAAAUAGAAACUCCUUUGACUCCUCCAUACUCAAAUUAUGCAGAAAUUACUUUAUCAACAAAGGAACUACAUGUGGAAGGACUUUGUCCAUCAACAUUUAAUGCCGUUUUAACAGGCACAACAAUGGAUUUUUUGGAGUUUCAAAUAUGGCAAUCAGAAAAUUUCUACAGUUCUUUUCCAUCCCUGAGAUUAGGAGAACCUCAGAUAAAAGAACAUGCCUUGCAUCAUAAACCAGUUUCAGAGUUAAUUUAUCUGCUAAAAGCCUCCCCAGAGGAGCUCGUAAGUGCUGAGGUAAAAAGUUUAUGGGAAGAAUACACGAAAAUAGCUGUACUUCAGAUUGGUGUAAUGGAGCAACUACACUUGGAUCACGUUGAAACAAAAGCAUCACCAGCUACUAAACUGGAAGAAUUUUCAUCGGUUACCACAGUUCACUUGGAAAAAUGUUUUGAAAGCCCCACCUUACUUAAUGAGAAUAAUAAUGUCACCAUUAAAACAUAUUCUGAAGAUGAGGAAACAUCAUAUUCUCAAACACACCAAGAUAUAAAUAUUAGAAAUCAUGCAUUACCUUUACAAUCACAAAAUAUAACAACCAUUUCUGAGAUGAGUUCCAUUAAUUCUGAAGAUAAAUGUGGACUCAUGACAAAAGAAUACCAGGAAAACUGCGAUCCUCUCAGCAACUUCAUAAUGUUACGAUCCAAGAAGGUACCAGCAAUUUGUCAGACAAAUAAAGACAAUGAAAAUCAAUUUGCUUCCAUUGGCGGAAGUGUUCAUGACAUUGAUGUAAACAGUGAAUUAGUGUCACCAAGGACAGAUUCAGUGCAGGAAAGUGGCCAGCAAAAUUUAAAUAGCAGUUUGAUAGAAGUUCAAGCAUCAGCCAGCCAGUGUCAAGCUUAUCAUCUGUUGGAGGCUGCAGCAAUCCCUGUACUGAAAGACCUGAAAGGCUGUGUUGUUUUUGUGGCUGUGACAGAUACAUUUACUUCCCUUGCUUUUGAUCGUACUAGGUUUUUCCUAAAGCACCAGGAGAAGCUAGUGAGUGAUAACGUUAAACAAGAUAAGCAUAAUGAAAAUGAAAUUCACUUGUACAAGCUUGCAGCAUUUCUUCAUUUAUUAGUGACCAUUCGUGAUCUUCUAUUGAUGUGUGACCUGGACACAGCAAUAGGUUACUUAUUCAGAGCAAAAGAAAUGUAUAUAAGCACUUUAGGUGCACGUCUAGAUGAUAUCUGGAAGAAACUCCGCAUUGUGCAAUAUGUAAGUCAGAAUAAACAAGAAAGUUACCCCAAAGUAGCUGAACUUCAGAAUCAGAUAGUAAAAUGGUUACAUGCCUCUCACAUGAGUCAACACAAGGUAGUAAUCAUCAUUAGGAUGGAUUCAGACUGUGGUAGAGCUAUGCUGAUGAACACCCUUAGCAACAUAGAAGACUUAAAACCUGCUGUAGUUCUUCCUGAAGAAACUGCCACUUUGACUUGCCCGAAAGUUUUAAACUGUCUGGAAAAUUAUUCCUGUUUGGUAGUUUAUAGUCAUCACAUUGGAGCAGAUUUUCCUUGGAUUCAGUUCUCUUUGGUGGUAGAGUAUGAUUAUAUGGAGAACUCAAGCUGGGCUGAGCUCUGCAAGCAACAAAAUGUAUAUCAUAUCAUCUUUAAAACUAUAGUACCCAAAGGUCCAGACACAGGAAAUAUGUCAGCCAUUCACUCUGAGUUCUCACUGCUGGAGCUUCACAUUCCUCAUACAUUCCUGAUAUCUGAAGGCUUGUUGAAUUCUCCAACCGUGCUCCAAAUUCUAGAGUCAAGGUACAAUAUCACUCUUUUGGAGAGAACCACUAAUGAAACGUUACGCUUAUGUGGGGGAACUGAUCACUAUGCUGUUAUAACCGUGGAUGAACGCACAGCAAUAAUAUUGCAGGAUAUUGAAGAGCUGACUACUGAAAAAGCAUCAGACUUUAUUGUUCAAAGGCUCACAACUCUGGCACUGCAGUACAGUUGUUGCUGGCUUAUUUUCUAUCCAAAACAAAGCCUAGACACACAGUACUGUUUGAAUGAGAACGUUUUUCACAAUGUUACCUUGAUCUACGCAGCAUUAGUACUAUUCGUGCUGAAAUCUGAGGAAACUGAAAUUAAGGUUGUAAUUUCACCAGGAGUUACAGAGACAACCCAGUUGGUUUGCCAAAUAGCAGAUUUCACAUUGGUUUCAAGCAACCAAGAUCCAUUCAUAUGGCUUGACAGAUCAUGGCUUUCCACUGUUCCAUCUGAGGAUGAGAAGCAGCUGCUUAAUUUCCCUAGUUUAAAUUCACUUGUGGCACAAUUAAUGUUGAGAAGAGCUCCAUCAAUGUUGUGGCUGUUAUCAGCAUCUUUAAAUGAACUGCAGGAUGUUCUUCCCGAGGUGCCAGAAAAAGUUCUGAAGCUUUUCAGCGAGAUUACUGCAUUACAUCAUUUUAGCUCAUCCCAGGAAACAAGAAAAUCUUCUGAACAAAAUGUGUUAUGCUUUAGCUCUUCCACAUCUGAAAUGGCUGGCCAUCAGUUUUAUCCAGACAAUGAAAUGGUGAAGAAUAUCUACUCUACCAAAGAGAGACCUAAAGCAUCAGAAGGUCUGAAAAUUUCUAGUACUCAUGGAGCAAGGAAUCUGUGGGAAUCUGAUAACAUUUCCUUGGAUGCACCACCUCAGAACUUAAGUUCAGUUUUCAAAGCCAGCACAGUUACCGUUUCACCAAGCUACUGGUUGAAUAACUGCAAGCAGUCAGAAAGCAGGGAAAUGUCAGUAAACCUGGUGAGUGACGAAGUUGACCUACAUCAUUGUUUUGAAAAUUUGCAAAAUAAUGAUGAGGUAGAACACAGAAACAGUGCCAGCUCUAGGAACAUUCUUCCACUUGCAAGCUCUCACCAGUUAGGUUCACUGAGCAAUAAAUUAUUUGAUCCACUGAGUCAUUUAGUAUCAGAGAAUAACUCCGAUCUUGUGGAUACUGACAUUUAUUUUAAAAAGACUGAUGUGCCUCCAGUGGAUUGUAUUUACAUGGGUGGGCACACACAGACUGAAGAAAAUAAGUUUGAGAAAAGUCUACAAGACACAGGCAAUAAUUCACAAUAUGGCUUCUUUUCUCGGCAAGAUAUGGGUGUUCUUCCCCAUGGGUUGAAUGGCAAGUCUAAUAACUUUGUAACAACGCAUAAGGAAUUGACUGAGACAUAUCAUCCAAUGAACUCUAAUCAUGUUUUCCCAUUCUCAACUAAAAAACAUUUGGAUGAUACGUUUUACGCAUUCAAUGAACCUUUCUGUCACCAGAACAGAGCUAAAGGGACUAACCUUGAACGGUUGCCAAGUGGUAGACCUAAGUUUACAGAUUAUGACUCACUUAGUUUUGACAAACCUGACAUUUGUAACAAUGUUUAUUUUCACCAUAAAGCAAGUGAUUUUUUCAAUGAUAUUGCGGAAGAGCAUACCUUCAAUCAAGAAUCUGUUAAAAGAAAAGGACAGAAAAGACAGUACAUAGCAACAACUAUGAAUGAGUGGACAAGGUCUCUUUCUAAUAGUAUGGAAGAAUCUUUUUCAGAUACUGAAGCAUUUUUUCCACAUUCAGCAAGUUCACCAGAAUUUAAAUACAGAAUUUUACCAGAAGUGAAGAAAAGAAGACUUGCAAUUGAAAAAGUUCCUGGAAGAACUGAUGGGCAGACUCGCCUCAGAUUCUUUUAGAACAAUUUUUGAAAACUUCAGUUUUGAUUCGAUUAAUUUAAAUAUGAUGGUUAUGCGAUGUAAAUUGAGAGUUAACCAACAAAAUAUAUGCAAAAGUGUUUUAUCAGUUAAAAUAUUAGAUUAACUUUGAACGGUAUGCUGAACCUUUUCAUGAUAUUUAUCAUUUUUAUUCAUUGUAUUGAACAUUGUUGAAGUUUUACAGUUGAUAUGUAAGCAAAUGUCAUAUGAAUUAUAAUCUUGCAUGAUUGUUUGGUACUACUUAUUCCUUUCCUACCAUUGUGAAGCUUUGCAAAUUCCUUUAAACAGGUUGAUGUUAGAGUUAAAAAUACAUGUGGACUAAGAUGUUAACUGUCCUGUGCUAUCACCAGUGGGAUGAUCAGUUGAUCUGCCACCUGUCUUCAAGAGUUUUGGCCCGCUUAUGAUCAAGACUCCCUCGAGGUGGUGGGCCAGCAGUGCUAAAGCAUCACCUCCCAUUGGUGAGCUUAAAAACUUGGUGUCUGCCUCGAACAGAGUUGUUGGUCACUUCCAUCCAACAGAUAGUCUGCUCUUCAGGUGUCUAUGCAACUACUGAAGGAUAUGCAGAUAUGUAUACACUGUCUAUCUGCCCCUCUGGACAUACUUGGUCCACACCCAUGCUGAUCCUUUUUCUGCUGCCUCAGCUACAGCCCUGCUGGUUGACUUGAUCUUUCUUCUAGUGAAGCCAAGGUCACACAGCCACUUCUGAAAAGUGAAUGCAAUAAACCCACGGCAGCCUACUUCCAAUGGAUAGCAUGAGACCUUCCACCCUCUGAUCUUAAUUCUGCAUGGAAAAAUGCCAUUCCGAUCUCCUCCCUCAUGACCAAUUCCUUUUCCUUCACAUAAAUGAAGAAUGUUCUGCAAAAUUAAAAUGAAGGACUUACACUGUAUUUCACAAUCAUUAUUCUCUUUAACAAUCAUAAGAAAUAGACUGAUUCCAGUGCAAACGAUUAUUUAUUGUUAUAUGCUUCCCCAGCAUUUCUCGGACUAUCUAUGCGUUGUUUUUCUUCCUUUCAGUUCUUGAACAGUAUA